AUGCACCUUGACUUGACCAUCAGCACACUUGCUUUCUUGGCUCUGGGUUCGACACCGGCGGGAGCUCAGUCGCGGAGGCGACUAUCUGGACUGCAUCGUCGGGAUACCAGCGACGUUUGCGCGAACCUCAUAGAGUUACCUCUGCAGUGGCAUCCGUCUUCAGGAGCCACCGUCACGGUUGGUCUCAUCGACACCUGCGCUUGCCUUUCUACUAUCCCUAACGUCCUCCAAACGAACGCCGUAGCGAAAGCGCUCGUGUCGGUCGCAGGGACUGCUGUCGCGACGGCAUCGCUCACGAGCUUGAUCAACGCCCAUGGCAGCGUCUGCACAUAUCCCGACAACGCGGUCCCCGUCUGCUCUGGGCUCAAUGCCUGUGGGUACUCCUGCGGGAACGGGUUUGGAUUCGACUCGGCGAGCGGGGACUGCGUCUGCCCGGAUCCUGACAGCAUUUGCAACGGCCAGUGCCAGUCGUCCUGCCCGAGCUCCGUCGCCAUUCCUAGGCGACGCGCCGCGGCAGCGUACAACAGAGCGUCCAAAAGGCGCAGGAUGUGCCAGCGGGGCUACACGGCGUGCGGGAUAACCGAGCAGAGGGGCCGCGCUACUGAACCCUGGGAGUGCAUCGACGUCAAGGCGGACCUCGAGAGUUGUGGUGGUUGCAUGACGCCGUUCGACGCGUUCUCGCCGAUCGGGGUGGACUGCACCGCGAUCCGUGGCGUUGCGGAUGUCUCUUGCCGCCAUGGGCGUUGCCUCGUCCGCCGGUGUACGUCGGGGUAUGCGGUCACGUCCGACCGUAGCGGGUGCGUUUCUACGCGGGCGAACUUGGUGCAGCAUUAUUAGGCUUUCUCUUGCGCGCCGAGCAACUUCAGUAGUUUGGAUGCAUCCGUCACCGGUGCUCUACCACCCGAAGGAUGCAUCCAUAAGUUUCAGAUGCAUCCAACGUUGACGCGCGCAUGAACGGUCAGCACACACGGAUGCAUCCGAAGGAGAUGUCAGAUGCACCCGAAGUUCCGGUAAAUGCCGUACAUGAUACGAUUUCAGUACGAUUUCAGUACGAAUACAGACGCAGUAUCAAUGACGCAGUAUC